AUUACGACAUGACGUGAUGCGGAAGUAUUGCACGCCUUAUAAGGAAUGAGAUUUCCUGACCGGAGAGGGAGGCUGCAGAGCUUCGUGAAGAACAACAGCAGCAGCGGAUGAUGGAUCGAAUGAGGUUGAUGUUCAACGGCGUGGUUAAAAGUGAGCGCUACAGCAGGUUCACUCUGCAGCCGACGGAGGACGGAGGAAGACACGCCGAGGUCAAACUGUCAGACGAUGCCACCGAUGACGCCACAGACAUGGAGGCGGGAGGAUCUCCGACCUUCAGGCCGGCACCCCUGCAGAGGAACCGCUGGACUCUUUUCUACAUUGCCUUGGUGACCGUGCUGGUGUUCGUCUUUGGAUUUCUGAUCGGCUUCGCCAGCCACCGUCCAAGCCAGGUGGAGCCGGUUAACUGUGGCACAACGACUGGGAUGACGACUCCGACGACUGGGAUGACGACUCCAAAGAAGGAAACGCCGCCUCCAGCCGCUCCAGCUCAAAAGGUUCAGCUGGACUGGAACGACAUCACCCAACUCCUCACAAUGAAGCUCACCAGCCAGACCUUUGAGAAGACUCUGACGGAGUUUGCUCUGCCCAGUCGCUCAGCAGGAAGUAAGGACGACAUGAAUCAAGCAGACCACAUCUUUGACGAAUUCAAGAAACUGGAGAUGGAGCCCUGGAAUGAUGUUCACUACGUUAAACUGCAGACACCAGACAGCAAGGCCCCAAACCAUGUUGUGUGUGGUUCAGUUGAGUUUAAUACUGCAGGCUAUCUGGCCUACAGCGCUACUGGCAAAGUUCAGGGCAAGCUGGUGUACGGAAACUACGGCCGUCCAGAGGAUCUGGAGGUUGUGAAGAAGAACAUAGAGCUGAACAGCUCUGUCCUGCUACUACGUGCUGGAAAGAUCAGCUUUGCAGAGCAGGUGGCUAAUGCUGCAAAGAAGGGGGUUGCUGCUGUUCUAAUCUACCCCGACCCUCAAGACUACAGUUAUGUGGCCGACACCGUGCUCUAUGGACAUGUACAUCUGGGCUCAGGUGAUCCUUACACCCCUGGAUUCCCCUCUUUCAAUCAUACCCAAUUCCCUCCAACUCAGUCAUCCGGCCUUCCCAAAAUUCCCGCCCAGACCAUCACCGCCAACAAUGCCGCAGCGCUUCUAAAGAAAAUCGGGGGUCCUGCGCCAGACGCAAGCAGCGGUUUUAAAGGCAAACUCGAUGUGUCUUACAACCUGGGAGGCAUCGAGGACAUCACCGUUGAGGUGAACAACAUGCUGGUCGACAGGGAGAUCCAUAAUGUGUUCGGAGUGAUCAAAGGAUUCAUCGAUCCUGAUCGCUACAUUGUACUGGGAGCUCAGAGGGACGCCUGGGGUGAAGGUUACGCUAAAGCUACUGUGGGCACCUCCAUACUGAUGGAGCUGGCCAGGGCUGUCCACAAGAUGAUCGAGGAAGAUGGGUUCAGGCCGAGGAGAAGCAUCGUGUUUGCUAGCUGGAGUGCCGGAGAAUAUGGAAGUGUUGGCGCGACUGAGUGGCUGGAGGCCCACAUGUCCUCUAUUGACAAAAAUGUUUUUACCUACAUAAGCCUGGAUGGAGUGGUCAUGGGUCGUGGGAGUUUCAUAGCCUCAGCGAGUCCACUGCUCUACAGCCUCCUUGAGAGGACGAUGAAGGAGGUGAAGAAUCCUGUGAAUUCUAGAGUGAUGAUGUACAAUAUGACCGGAAAUGACCCAUGGGAGACCAAAGUAAUGAGGCCGAUGAUGAUGGACGACCCUGCGUAUCCAUUCCUGGCUUUUGCCGGAAUUCCCUCCGUUUCCUUCCACUUCAUCUCUUCCAACUCUGAAUUGUACAUGUACUACGGCACCAACCUGGACAACCGGGACAACUUCAGCUACCAAACCAACCACCGCUCCGGUGAGAUGGUGGCGGCGGCGGCGCAGUUUGCCGGGCAGAUGGCUCUGCGGCUGGUCCACGACCACCUGCUGAGUCUGGACGUGAGCUCCUACAAGAGGCUCCUCACCAAGACUGUAAAGGGAGUCAGCAACCAGGUUAAACAGCUCUCCCAGAAGGAUGUGAGUGCCACAUGGCUGUUCAGCGCACGAGGGUCCUUCGUGCGAGCUGCCGACAGCAUCGCAAACGCCAUUAAGAACACUGACUUAAGCGACGACGAGGCCUGUCGGAUCCUCAACAGCAGGAUCAUGAGGAUUGAGCACACCCUCCUCUCUCCAUACGUGUCGCCCGUUAAGACUCCCUUCCGUCACCUCCUGUUCGGCCGAGGUCCCCACACUUUGGCGUCCAUCGCCGAGACCGCCAACGUGACGGAGCUCCACACCCAGCUGGCCUUGGCCACCUGGAACCUGCAGGGAUGUGCCAACGCCAUGGUGGGAAACAUCUGGGACCUGGACAACCAAAUCUAAAGCAGCGAUGUGAGCGUGGGAGUGGUGCGAUGGUGUGUGUGUGAGAGUGUGAGUGUUUGAAAAUGAAUCUGAGGUAAAGUGUAGAGCUCCAACAUCAGCACUUAAGCACAAGCUGUCAGUCAGAGGUCCCAUCCUUUAAAUACAUUCAGCUGUCAGGGGGGAACGCUGCUGCUCUUAAAGAUCAAGGAGGAGAUAAAGUAUUGAAAUUUAACAUUAAUAACUGUGAAACAAAAGCGUCAAAUACUUGAAGGUUUAAAACGCUACCGACAAAUCCGCCUUUUCUUCUCCUACUGCUACACCUCGAAGCAGGCGAAGCCUUUGCUGCUGCGACCCGCUGCCAUCGAAGCACUGAGAAACCUUAUUUAUACUUCAGUUUUUUUUAUCAGUGGCAGUGCCCACUAUAAAGUUAUAGUUUGUCUUUUUAUACGACGUUAUCGGAAGCAGUGCCUUCCAUAAUUAUGACGGUUAUACCGUCGAAACCUACGGCGGCAGCAUCUGCUACGGAAAGACUCCUCAACUGUUGCUGACAAAAUGGAGCCUCAGAUAAAGUUAGAUUUGUGACCUCCUGGCCUUUAUUUCUUCCUUUUGUGUGGGGCUGUAUUGAAACUUUGACAUCAAAAGGCAGAAAUAAAGGGAUGAAAACUUAAUUUGCAAAAGUUCUGUUACACUCGGUUUCAUGAUCUUUAGAGACGUUUACAUGUCGGAGUGAAAAAUUCCAUUAAAUAAACUGAAAGUU